CCGGGAGCCCGCAGGCCCGCUGAGCAGGAGUUGGGAGGACGGAGGGCGGCCGCCAUGGCCGCCAACAUCGAGCAGAUCUUCAGGUCCUUCGUCGUCAGCAAAUUCCGGGAGAUCCAGCAGGAGCUGUCCAGUGGAAGAGUUGAAGGCCAGCUGAAUGGUGAAACAAGCCCACCCGUGGAAGGAAAUCCUUCAGGUGAUGAAGCUGCUUGUGCCAGGAACCUACCAAAUGAGGAAAUCGUGCAGAAAAUAGAAGAAGUACUAACUGGGGUCCUGGAUACAGAGCUACGAUGUAAACCAGACGUAAAAGAGGCCUCGAGGAAAAGUAGAUGCGUCUCUGUGCAGACAGACCCUACAGAUGAGAUUCCAACCAAAAAGGCAAAGAAACAUAAAAAGCACAAAAACAAAAAGAAGAAAAAGAAGAAAGAGAAAGAGAAAGAGAAAAAGUAUAAAAGACAGCCAGAAGACUCUAAGCCGAAAUUGCAAGUACAUCAUGCCGGGGAGCCCGGUGUAGAGUCUGAUCCUUAUUUGAAGUUUGAUUCUGAGUCCCCAGUGAUGGCACCGGCUCAUUCUGGCAAAGCCCUUGGGCUCCCCGAGCCCCCCGCGGAGCCAGCGAUGGCCCCGGGACUGAGCGAGCCCCUCCCGGGGCCUCUCGAAGCUCCCGAAGCAACAAUGGAGGUGUCAGAGCCACCCCUGAAGGAAGGCACGAAGUCCUCGGCAACGACAACGGAGCCGUCGGAGCCGCCCGUCCCGGGAACCCCAGGGUUCCUUUGGGCGGAGCACCUGGAACCCCGGCCUGCGGAACUCGCAGCUGCCGCGACCCCGAGGUUGUCGGAGCUACACGGGACUAUCUCUCUGGAGCAGUAUGCCAGCCCCGUGCCGAAACCUCCAGAGCCGACGCCGGAAGAAAGGAUGACCGAGGGGCCGGCGCCUCCGGCGUUGGAGCCAUCCGAGUCCUUGGAGACGGCGCCAGAGACCCCACUGGAGGCGUUGCCCGGGCCAUCCGUGGGAACGCCGGAGCAGCUGCCAGGGGUCGUGACGCUCGAGUUUCCGGAACCGCCCGCGGCGGCGACACCUCAGGAGUUGGCAGAACCACCAGCUGGGUCAGGCCCGGAGGCGCUGGGGCCGCCCGCGACCACGGCGCUGGAGCCUCCGGGGCCGCCCGCGGUGGCGGUGCCGGAGUGGGUGGGGCCGCCGGCGACCGUGGCGCUGGAGUGGGCGGGGCCGCCCUUGACCCAAGCGCUGGAGUUGCCGGGGCCGCCCGCGACAACAGUGCUGGAGUUGGCAGGGUUUCCCGCGACGCGAGCGCCGGGAUCGCCGGAGCCGCCCGUGACGAGAGAGCCGGGGUCGCCGGAGCCGCCCGUGAUGAUGGAGCUGGGGUCGCCGGAGCCGCCCGCGAUGAUGGAGGUGGGGUCGCCGGAGCCGCCGGCGAUGACGGAGCCGCCCGCGGUGCUGGGGGCGCCGGGGCUGCCCGCGACAGCGGCGCUGGGGUCGCCGGGGUCGCCCGCGACAACGGCGCUGGGGUCGCCGGGGCCUCCCGCGACUCCGGCGCUGGAGUCGUCACUGUACACGCCUGUGCUUCCUAUGUCAGUGGAGACGUCCCAGGAGGUCCCAGAGCCACCUGCAACCGCGCCGGCAUCGGCCCAGGAGUCGCCAGGGCUGCCCUCGGCGGCGACGGCCGGGUUGGAGUUGCCGGGGCAGCCCUGGGAGCCGGUGGGCGGGUCGGAGUCGCCGGGGCCGCCCUCGGCUCCGGCGGCCUGGCAGCCCUCGGCGGCGGUGGCUGGGUUGGAGUCGCCGGGGCAGCCCCCGGCGACGACGGCCGGGCCGGAGUUGCCCGGGCUGCCCGCGGCGCCGACGGGGUUGGAGGCGGCGGGGCAGCCCGAGGCGGCGGCAGGGUUGGAGGCGCCGGGGCCGCCCGCGGUGACCACCACGGCGCCGGAGCUGCCGGGGCCGCCCGCGGUGACGACCACGGCCCCGGAGUUGCCGGGGCCGCCCGCGGUGACGACCACGGCGCUGGAGGCAUCGGGGCUGCCGGCGGCAACGACAGCCGGUGCGCUGGUGCUGGAGUUGCCGGGGCAGCCCUCGGCGGUGGCGGCGGCGGCGGCGACGACGUCGGAGCCGACCGCAAUGACCCUGUCCGAGUCCCCGGAGCCGCCCGAGACGACGGCGCUGGAGUCAUACUGUACGGUAGCCCAGGUGCUGCCGGCCACGUUAGUUGGGGAGACUUCUGCUUCAGUAGCGGUGGAUUCCAUGAUGGCCACAGAGUCCCAUAUGUUAGUGUCCAAUACCCUGGAGUCCCAUAUGUUAGCGUCCAGCUCCAUGGACUCCCAUAUGUUAGCGUCCAGCACCAUGGACUCCCAGAUGUUAGCGUCCAGCACCAUGGACUCCCAGAUGCUGGCGUCCAGCACCAUGGACUCCCAGAUGCUAGCGUCCAGCACCAUGGACUCCCAGAUGCUAGCGUCCAGCACCAUGGACUCCCAGAUGCUGGCGUCCGGCGCCAUGAGCUCCCAUAUGUUAGCCACUAGCAGCAUGAGCUCCCAGAUGCUGGCCACCAGCUCCAUGGACUCCCAGAUGUUAGCCACCAGCUCCAUGGACUCCCAGAUGUUGGCCACCAGCUCCAUGGACAGCCAGAUGUUGGCCACCAGCUCCAUGGACAGCCAGAUGUUAGCCACCAGCUCCAUGGACACCCAGAUGCUAGCGUCCAGCUCCAUGGACUCCCAGAUGUUAGCCUCUAGCUCCAUGGACCCCCAGAUGUUAGCCUCGGGCACCAUGGACCCCCAGAUGUUGGCGUCGGGCACCAUGGACGCCCACAUGUUGGCGUCCGGCACCAUGGACGCCCACAUGUUGGCGUCGGGGGCCAUGGACUCCCAGAUGCUGGCCUCCAGCACCCCGGAGUCCUCCAUGCUAGGGUCUAGCCGGCUGGCCCAGGAUCCCUAUAGGCUAGCCCAGGAUCCUUAUCGGUUAGCCCAGGACCCCUACCGGCUCGCUCAAGACGCCUACAGGUUAGGCCACGACCCCUACAGGGUAGGGCACGACCCCUAUAGGCUAGCCCCCGACCCCUACAGGAUGGCUGCCAGGCCCUAUAGACUCUCCUCUAGACCCUACAGGAUGGUCCCUCGGCCCUACAGAUUAGCUCCCAGACCCCUCUUGUCAGCGUACAGGCGCUCUAUGAUGAUGUCCUACGCCGCCGACCGCUCCAUGAUGUCCCCCUACGAGCGCUCCAUGAUGUCGGCCUACGAGCGCUCCAUGAUGUCCCCCAUGGCGGAGCGCUCCAUGAUGUCCGCCUACGAGCGCUCCAUGAUGUCGGCCUACGAGCGCUCCAUGAUGUCGCCCAUGGCCGAGCGCUCCAUGAUGUCGGCCUACGAGCGCUCCAUGAUGUCGGCCUACGAGCGCUCCAUGAUGAGCCCCAUGAGCGCCGACCGCUCCAUGUCGUCCUACGCCGCCGCCGACCGCUCCAUGAUGUCGUCCUACGCCGCCGCCGACCGCUCCAUGAUGUCGUCCUACGCCGACCGCUCCAUGAUGUCGUCCUACGCCGACCGCUCCAUGAUGUCCUACGCCGAGUCCUACGCCGAUUCCUACAUGGUGCCCCCGCUGCCCCCCGAAGAGCCGCCCACGAUGCCGCCGCUGCCGCCCGAGGAACCCCCGAUGACUCCGCCGCUGCCCCCCGAAGAGCCACCCGAGGGGGCGGAGUUGGCCGCCGAGGGGCUGGCCCUGACUGCCGAGAUGCAGGCCUUGCCCGCCGAGGGGCUGGCGGGGGCCGAGAUGCCGCCGUUACCCGCGGAGGAGCUGGCGUCGACAGAGGCGCGGGCGUUCGCCGCAGAAGGCCCGGCUGAGGCGGCGUUGGCCCCCGAGGGCCCCGUGACCGAGAUGUUGGCGUUUGCCACCGAGGGGUCGGUCUACCCGACGUCCACCGAGGGGCCCGCGUUGCCGGCAGAGAUGCCGCCGCUGCCCCCCGAGUCGCCCGUGCCGACCGAGAGGCCCCCUCUGCCCCCCGAGGGGUCUCUGCUGCCGACCGAGCCGCCCCCUCUACCCACCGAGCCGCCCGAGAUGCCGCCUCUGCCCACAGAAGGGCCGCCGCCCGCCGAGAUGCCACCGUUGCCCGCGGAGGAGCCCGCGCCGCCGACCGAGAUGCCGCCGUUGCCCGCGGAGGGGCCCGAGAUGCCGCCGUUGCCCGCGGAGGGGCCCGAGAUGCCGCCGUUGCCCGCGGAGGGGCCCGAGAUGCCGCCUCUGCCCUCGGAGGCGCCCGGGCUGCCGUCCGAGAUGCCGCCGUUGCCCAGCGAGGGGUCCGGGCUGUCGGCCGGGAUGCCGCCCUUGCCUCCCGAGGCACCCGCGUUGCCGAUCGAGAUGCCGUCGUGGCCGACGGCGGGGCCUCCCGCCUUGCCGAGCGAGGGGCCGGCGUUACCCCCUAAAGAACUAACGUGGCAAGAGUUGACCUCGCCUCCCGAGCCUCCCCCACUGCCAGCCGAAUGCUCCGAAUACCCGUCGCUGCCUCCGCAACCUUCGGGAGAAGCGCCCGAGUUGCCGGUGCCGUCGUCGGGACCCACUGGUGCGGUCAGGGAGCCGCGGUCUCCGACGACGUCCGGGGCUCCAGAAAGUGACGGACCACCCCCGCCACCGGAAAGUACAGUCCAGGUGCCCCAGACCACCAGCGGGUCGCCGGAACUCUCCCUCGCCUCCCAAACCGCUGGACCGGAGGGCGAGGCUCCCGUGAGUGCCCCCGAGCCCGCGGUGGCCCCGGGGCCUCUCGAGGCAUCGGAACCGGGGGAGGGCUCCGGACCCGUUCUCCGGGCACCGGAGCCCGCCACGGCGUCGUCGUCGGAGACCCCGGUGAGAGGAACGGAUUCCGCCUCCUCCGGAGCGGGCGAUUUCACGGCGGAGACCGGCCAGUCGGCCGACGGGGAGGGGCUCCCCCUCCCCGUUCAGUCCCGUGAAGAGCUCUGCGCCAGCGAGAGCCUGUCCCUUGCGGGCGGGCCCUGCGGACCCGCGACGUCGGAAGCGAACGCCCCCCUCGCCGCCCAAGAGACCGAGCACGGCGCCAUAUCCACCACCUGCGCCGAGGCCGUCAGCGAGGCCCACGCCCCGAAGUCGUUUCCCGCCGGCGAGGCGGGAGAGCCCGGGGAAUCGUUGGCCAUCUCCUCCAGUGUCGUCGACGGAGCCGGGCCGGUGGUCGCCGCCGGCCCUCGAGUGGAUAAGGCGGGCGAGGCGGGGGCGCCCGUUCCAGAGACUGAACCGGCCCCGGCCGGCGAGGCCGGUCCGGAGGAGCCUCUGCCGUCUCAGGAGAUUGAGAACGACAUGGUCAUCUCCACGAGCCCCGCCGGUGGGAGUGAGAUUGACAUCGAGCUCCCUUUGCCCCCUAAAGACGUUGACGCGGAGGCCCUGCCGGCCGACGGCCAGCCGGCCGAGCCCGCCGCCGCCGUCGGAGGGCUUCCGUCGGCCAAAGAGCCGGCCGACGGCCCGGCGGUGGCGUCCAGCUCCAGCGACUGCUGCGGAGCGGAGGCGCCGGCCCCGCCCCCCGCCCCGCCCGGCGAGCGGGACUCGGUGUUCGGCCUCGGCGCCGGCGAUUUUAACGAACUGGAGCUCAUGAGGCCUCUCCUCCCUAAGGACAUGGAACGAGCCGCGGCGUUGGCCGCCAGCGUCGGGUUUUUGGGCGCCGGCGUCUCCGGCCCGCUGCCCCCCGUCCCCAUGGGCCCCAGCCUCCCCGAGCGAGCCGACGAGUCUUCUUCCUCCGACGAGAAGGACGACUACGAGAUCUUCGUGAAGGUUAAGGACACGCACGAGAAGAGCAAGCGCCACAAGAGCCGGGAUAAGGGCGAGAAAGAGUCCAAGAAAUCCAAGAAGAGCCGGUCGCGGUCCCAUUCCAAGUCCAAGAAGCGGAAGCGGUCAUCCCGGUCCGACUCGGCUUCCCGAGAGGCGACCUCGAAGAGAGGCAGGUCUCGGAGCCGAAACCACUCGAGUUCCCGAAAGAAACAUUCCACGACGGACAACAAGUCCCGCUCGAGGUCCGUGGACAAAAAGGAGAGCCUCGAGUCCUCCCUGAGGUCUCGGAGCAAGCGCUCCAAGUCUUCCGAGCACAAGUCGCGCCGGCGGGCCAGCGAGUCCCGCUCCCGGGCCCGGAAGAAAUCUUCCAAGUCCAAGUCGCCGCACCGGUCCCAGUCGCGCUCGCGGUCCCGGUCCAGGCGCCGGAGGCGGAGCAGCCGGUCGCGGUCCAAGUCGCGGGGCCGGCGGUCCUCGUCCAAGGAGAAACGGAGGCGCUCCCCCAAGGCCCGCUCCAAGUCGAGGGAGAGGAAGCGGAAGCGGUCCAGCUCCAAGGAGAACCGCAAAGCCGGGCGGGCCCGGAGCCGCAGCCCCAGCCCCGGCCGGCGGCGGCGGUCCCGCUCGGCGGGGAGGAGGCGGAGCCCCAGCCCGUCCCCGGCCCGCCGCAGCCGCAGCCGCAGCCGCAGCCGCAGCCCCGCCCGCCGCAGCCGCAGGUCCCGCUCGCCCCCCAGGAGACGCAGCUUCAGCAUCUCCCCCGUCCGGCUGAGGCGGUCGCGGACCCCCCUGAGGAGGCGCUUCAGCAGAUCCCCCCUCCGCCGAAAACGGUCCCGCUCGUCCGAGAGGGGCAGAUCGCCGCCCAAACGGCUGACCGAUUUAGAUAAGGCCCAGCUUCUGGAAAUAGCCAAAGCUAAUGCAGCGGCAAUGUGCGCCAAGGCUGGUGUGCCCUUGCCGCCAAGCUUGAAACCUGCUGCCCCGCCGCCGACAGUGGAAGAGAAAGUGGCCAAAAAGUCAGGAGGCGCGACAAUAGAAGAGCUCACGGAGAAAUGCAAGCAGAUCGCUCAGAGUAAAGAAGACGACGACGAGAUAGUGAACAAGCCUCACGUUUCGGACGAGGAGGAGGAGGAACGCCCUUUCUACCAUCACCCCUUUAAACUAAAUGAACCCAAGCCCAUUUUCUUCAACCUAAACAUUGCUGCCGCCAAGCCCACCCCACCCAAGAAUCAGGUAACGUUGACAAAAGAAUUCCCCGUGUCGUCUGGCUCCCAACAUCGGAAGAAGGAAGCGGACAGCGUGUACGGCGAGUGGGUUCCGGUGGAGAAAGACGGGGAGGAGAGCAAAGACGACGAUAAUGUCUUCAGCAGCAAUUUGCCUACUGAGCCUGUGGACAUAUCGACUGCAAUGAGUGAGCGGGCCCUUGCUCAGAAAAGGCUUACUGAAAACGCAUUUGACCUUGAGGCCAUGAGCAUGCUGAAUCGCGCACAAGAGCGGAUCGACGCCUGGGCUCAGUUAAACUCCAUCCCGGGCCAGUUCACAGGAAGUACCGGCGUGCAGGUUCUUACCCAGGAACAGCUGGCGAAUACCGGCGCCCAGGCCUGGAUCAAAAAGGAUCAGUUCUUAAGAGCAGCCCCGGUGACGGGAGGGAUGGGAGCCGUUCUGAUGAGGAAGAUGGGCUGGCGCGAAGGCGAGGGACUAGGAAAAAACAAAGAAGGAAACAAGGAGCCGAUUCUCGUUGACUUCAAGACGGAUCGUAAAGGUCUCGUAGCGGUUGGGGAGAGAGCACAAAAGAGAUCCGGGAACUUUUCCGCCGCGAUGAAGGAUCUGUCAGGUGAGAGUAAACAUCCCGUGUCUGCACUGAUGGAGAUCUGUAAUAAAAGGAGAUGGCAACCACCCGAAUUCCUCUUGGUGCACGACAGCGGGCCCGAUCACCGCAAGCAUUUCCUCUUUAGGGUAUUGAUAAAUGGAAGCGCUUACCAGCCCAGCUUUGCCAGCCCUAAUAAGAAGCAUGCUAAAGCCACAGCAGCAACUGUGGUUCUUCAAGCAAUGGGCCUUGUACCAAAGGACCUCAUGGCUAAUGCCACUUGCUUCAGGAGUGCCUCACGUAGAUAGAGAUUGAGGUUUUCUAGUAAUCACUUCAGAUUCCUUUUACUCUGCAUCCCCAAACACCUCCCCCUUGACUGUUGUAAAUAAUUCGGCAACUUAGACAUCGUGUAAAAAGCAACCUGUACAAACAUCUCCCAGCUUUGGUUUUGUACCAUGGAAAAUGUAUUUAACCAUACAGGGUUUUUGGUAUGUUUAUAUUGUUUACCUUAGUGAUGUAUUUGUUUCUUAAGUGGCUAACAUCAAAACGAUCGAUCUGUGCGACGGCAUCAGUAGCCUCUCCUCGGUGUGGAAUGUUAAAUACCGCUUUUAUACUGUAUUUUGUACUAUGAUGAUGUCAUUCUUCCCCCCCUUCCUUAGGGCCGGGCUGUUGUAACACCGGGGCCGACGGCGGGCGAGAAGGGCUGGGCACCUUAGACUUUAAUUUAGCCGGUGCGAAGUGGAUAAUUCGGGGCGGCGGGGGGGUGUCCGUUCCACGGGGCUUCAUGCCACCGGUUCCCCCCUUUUAAACGGCGGCGGGGUUGGAAUGGCAGAGUUACGGGCGGCCCCGGGAAGGAGGAAACCCCAAAACGAAGAUCAGCUAGAAUCCCCGCGCGGAAGCCGAGCCGAUUUAGUAUGGCAUUGAGUUGUGACGUAGUUUUACUUUUAAUGUGCGUUUUGAAUUGCAGCUACAACUUAGGUAGACUCGAAAUGAUAACCUUAAGGGGAAAAAUAAACGCCGUAACCAACCUAAUAAAAAAAAAUAAUAAAAUCAGCGCCAGGCCACUAUUUUGUCGACUACGCGGAAGUUUAAGUUCACGUUCAUUAGGGUCUGAUAGAAUAUUUCCUAUGUGCAUUAUGGUGGUACUCAUAUGCUGUGUCUUUCAACUUUGUUUUAAAAAAAAAAAAAAAAAGCUUAAGGCCCAAAUACAGACUUCUCUGGAUUAAAA